GCCAUCUUUCUCCCUCUACUGGGGAAAAAGGGAGUGUCGCUGCGUGACGUCACCGGUCUGAAACUAAAAAUAAUGUUGUGGGGGGUUAAUUUGAAGAUAUUGAUUGGAAUAAAGCGCUGUUACGUCUCGUCAGAUUUUAGGUGUAGUUUGCCUUUUUACAAACGCAAUUUAGAGCAGUUUAAGAUGCGUUGUUUAAUAGUUUAAUAUAAUAUGUUUGCAAAUGCUAUCGAUUUUUAUUGUAUUUGUUUCUCCCUCCCCCAAAAAAGAAUUCAUGAUUUGAAAAACAGUUAUUUAUCUUUUUCACAAAGUUGUUCUUGUACAAGUUGUUUAUGGGCGUUUCAUUUAUUAUUUAUUGAAGCAGGAGCGCCCUGAAGGGCGGUGCAACUUAUUCUUUUUAUAGCUUCCUUGAAGUUCACCAGGAAGCAAUUACAUUGUCACUGGAACCGUCGCCUCUUCACAGCCGGCUCACCGUCAAUUGGAGGCUAAAAGUUAAAGUACUAGUUGCCCGUAAUCCAUAAAAAAAAAGAAGCUUCAGUUGAGAUGCACGUGGAGACAUAUUUGUCGCGCAUCGGGUUCACGGGCCCGGCAGAGCCCCGCCUGGAGGUGCUGCGGUCGGUUCACACCUGUCACCUGAUGUCGGUACCGUUUGAAAACCUCACGGUGCACAGCGGCGGACGGAUCCAACUCGCCCUUCCUCUUCUGUACGCCAAGAUAGUGGACCAGCGCCGAGGUGGUUUCUGCUGCGAGAAUAACGGCCUCUUCUCCUGGCUGCUGUCCGAACUGGGCUUCCAGGUGACGCUGCUCUCGGGUCAGGUGAAGCGUGUGACCACGGGCUGCUACGGCCCACCUUUCGACCAUCUGGUCCUCAUGGUGAGCCUCGGUGGGCAGCGCUGGCUGUGCGACGUCGGCUUCGGCUCGGCGGGCUUCAGUAUCCCCCUCUCACUGGAGACCAGUGGCCCCCAGGAGCAGGGCCACCGGGUGUACCGUGUCAGGAAGGACUCGGGGAUGCACUUUCUGGAGUGGCAACAGGAGGAGAACAGAGGGGCAGCCGGGGACUGGACAGGGAUCUACAAGUUCACCCUUGAACCUCGGUGUCUGGAGGACUUUGAUGAGAUGUGCUGGCACCACCAGAGCUCCCCCUGCUCCAUUUUCUUCUGCAAAUCUAUGUGCACCAUUUUACAGCCAGGUGGGAGGCUCACCUACAUCGGCCGCCGACUGACCAGCACCGCAUUUCUAUCAGAAGCAAGCGGGACAUUGUUGAAAACCACAACCAGGGAGCUUAAAGAUGAGGAGAUACCUGGUAUUCUAGCAGAGGGGUUCGGAGUCGUUCUAAAUUCUCCACUCAUACCAAAGGAUGAGAUGGUCGUACCACUGCCAGUCAUGUAUUGAUGAUGCUUUAGAACUCCCCAGGGCUAAAUUGUGAAAAAUGUAUGUUCUCAAAAUAAACCAGAAUAAUAAAUAUAUAUAUAU